GUAGAUCUUUGUGAUAAUCGUAUACGACGUGUUAUCCAGCAUGAAGACGAAAUCCACAAAGCGGCAGCGGACGGCCUCUGUUGACGAGUCCAAGCCGGAGCGCGCAGCCAAAAAAGUGGUCGUGUCUUCGUCGUUAUCUCCCGCCGCGCCCUUAGCGUCAGCAUCCGCGAGCGGCGCGGCGCCCUCUGCCGCUCCCACCACCGCAGCUACCCUUGUUCCUUCUGCUGCAACACCACAGCCGUGCAAGAACGCGCUACUCGUCGUCAGCACCUACCACGCCGUCAUGGCUGGUCUCGUGUACCGCAAAAACAAGUUCUUCAUAAAGUUCUCCGUGAAGCGCCACGUCGGUCAGGUGCGCGCCACCGCCGUGACGGAGCGCUACAUCGCCAGCUGCGGCGUCGACGAGCGCGUUUUCCUCUUCACCAAUAAAGCAGAGGAGCGACUCACUGCGGCGGCACGCAGGAAGAUGAAGGAGGCCGGGGAGCCGUUGGCCGUACGCCUGGCGGACCUCGGCAGCCUCGCACCACCAGCGGAGGUGACCGCAAUUGCAUUUGCAGACGGCUCUCAGGCUUUGCUCUGCGGCUGCGCGGACGGGCAGCUGCUCCUUUACCGCUGCCGCGAUUGGAGCCUCGCGACGACGCUGACGGUGCAUGAGAAGGCGGUGGUCGGCCUCGCUGUGCACCCGGGUAGCCGCGGCAGCCUGGCCGUCACCAUUGGCGAGGAUCGCGCGAUAGCCGUGCUGGACCUGGUGAAGGGGAAGCUGUUGACCAAGUGGAAGUACACCCCAACCGUGGCGACGGCAGACGCGGAGGCGGGAGAGAAGGAGGAGAAGAAGGAGAAGGGGGUUGAAGAUGCUCCGUCAUCGCGCGGUGCCGCGCGGACUGUUUUCGCACCGGCCCGCGAGACGCCCGACGGCAUUCACUUCUCGCUGUCCGGCACCCGAUUUGUCAUCUUCAGCCGCUUCUCGUUUGUGGUGUACGACGCGGCGGUGAUGCGGCCUCUCUGCACGUUUCGCUGGGUCACACCGCAGCCGCCCCACGAGAUCCACUGCUGCACCUUCCUCACGGAGGCGUUGCUGGUCGUGGGCACGGAGGCGGGUGCGUUGAGGCAAUUUGCCGUACGCGGCACGGUGGAGGAGCCGAUGCAGACGGUCGGUGAGCUGCCGCAAGUGGAGGUCGAGUACCCCGAGGCUUUGAUGACGCAAGCAGCCGAGUUGCUGGCAACACCGGUGAAGGCAGAGAUGGAGUCGCGCCAGAAGAACCCGUUGCGACACGUCUGCCGCGUUAAGGCGCUGCAGGCAGACGGUGCGACGCUCUUUUCGAUCGACUCGAGUGGAAUUGUGAUUGCGUGGAAUGUGCAGGCGGACAGUGCGACGGCAACGGUGCGUGCGCAGUACGUGACGAGUGCGAACUGCCAAGGACGAGUGACGGGCAUGGAGCUGUAUCCGUUGUAA